AAGAAGAAGAAGAAGAAGAAGAAGAAGAAGAAGAAGAAAAGCAACUCUGUGAGUCUAAGGCCCGAGGGAACUCUUGAGUAAAUGACAAACUCGGAAGAGUUGUCGGCCUGGCCACUCAGUGCAGUGUUGGACUCGUUGGAGUGAACAGGCAACAUGAAACUAACUGGCACGAUUCAGAUCCUCUGGGUUCUGGGGACAUUGCUCCUCGUAGCAGCUGAGGAUGAUGAUGACGACGUGGACAUUGUAGAACAGAGAGAAAAAAGGCAGUUUAUACCUAGAGCACAAGGAGUGAUGGGGAGAACAGCUUCCGUUAAUCAAGGAGGAUUCGGUGUACAGCAACAGUUCGUUUCGCCUCAGAAAUUUGAGAGAGAUCCAAUAACUGGACGGUUUGUUCCUGCUGGGGGAAGUGCACAAAAUUUGGGAGGACCCAUAGGUACUGCAAAUCUUCUUGACCAAGCUUUCCAGCAGAUUCCAGUACUGUCACAAGGUGGCAACUUGACUGGAGGUCCACAGGACAUAUCAGCCUUUGCCCGUAACUUCCAAGUAGGACAGGGGCUGGCUGACAUCACGUACCAGCAGUGCACAACACCCAAGGGCGAGGCUGGAGGCUGCCGGCACCUGCAGUACUGCAUUUUGCCAGACUUUGCCAACAAUUACCAAGCCUUUCUCAGAUAUGCCUGCAUAAUUGAGCAAAGGUAUGUCGGAGUCUGCUGUCCAAGGCUAGCUCCUGCACAACCUGCUCCUCAACCAAGCCAGCCUCAGCAGUCUAACAUUGGAUGUGGUGUUAGUGCUCUCUCAACAAGGAUCGUUGGAGGGGCUCCUACAGCUGUUAAAGAACAUCCUUGGGUUGUUUCACUUAUGAGGACUGGUGUCAACCCUAAUCAGUACUGUGGAGGUGCUCUUCUUUCCAACAGACAUGUUUUGACAGCUGCCCACUGUCUUGCUGGAUUCGACUGGAACACCAUCUGGGUUCGACUUGGAGAAUAUGAUUUCAGACGCACAGAUGAGUCACCGCAUGUAGAAAGACGCAUCUCCAGCUUCAGGCUUCAUCCAAACUUCGUUGCCAGAACCUUUGAUAAUGAUAUUGCGGUGCUUGUUCUUGAAAGUCCAGUCACUUUCAAUGACUAUAUUCGCCCUAUUUGUCUGCCACCUGCUAAUGAAGCUUUCACAGGAGCAACGGCCACAGUAGCUGGAUGGGGUGCAGUGUCUUACCAAGGACCAGUAUCUCCUGUACUGCAGCAAGUAAGAGUGCCAGUUUGGAGCAAUGCAGACUGCAAUAAUGCAUAUGAACAACCAAUCAAUGAUAACAUGGUCUGCGCAGCAAAUCCUAGAGGUGGUCAGGAUUCAUGUCAGGAUGACAGCGGUGGGCCCCUCAUGGUGCAAGUAAAUGCAAAGUGGGUCGUAAUAGGUUUAGUGUCAUUUGGGACCAGAUGCGCAGAACCAGGUACCCCUGGUGUAUACACAAGGGUCAACGCCUUCCUUGACUGGAUAAGAAACAAUGCAUAGAUAGCCAUUUUAUUAACUGACUUAUUUCAAGGUGAAAUGUAAGUGCAAGACAAUAAUUUUCAAUAUUAAGAAAGUAACACUUUGAAAAGAUACUGUCUGUCGCUUUAGAAUCAUAGUAGUCAACUAUAUGUAGUUUAUAGAGAAUGAUUUCCUAUAAGCAUCUUCAUGGAAGAUAGUUUGUCUUGGCCUGCCACUUGGUGGCCGAGAGUUCAAUUCUUGGGCAUUCCAUUGAGGGGUCAGAGAUGUGUAUUUAUGGUGAUAAAAGUCCUCUCUCGACGUGGUCCCGUUGCUGAAUAACCACGGGUUCCAUGCAACAUAAAAACACCAUACAAACAUUCAUGGAAGAUCCCAACCCUUUCACGAAAUUUAGGCAACAAGAUCAAGCACUGAGCACUUUCAGAUCACUCAAUGCUAUGAAGGAGUUUGGGUGUUUGGACAACAAAAUGAAGAACCCCAAAAUUACACAAGAUGGAGUAGUGUAAGAAUCUAGAGGGGUUGGCCAGAAAUAUGGGAAUGUAGGUAAAGUAAAAUGAUAAAAGGUGGGUGCAAGUAGGGGUCCAAAGGGAUGAUGGAAACCCAAUGAAGACAUUUUGUUUAAAUAUUUUAGAUUUUUUAAAUACACCAGGGCUUAGGGUACUUGCACUUUCAAUGGGAAAAUUAGGCAUUUCAUUAUCUAGCUGAUUUCCAUUCUUCAUUGACAAUGAGAAAUUCUGUUGCAAUCUCUUUGCCAUAUUAGCUUGACUAUCAGAUUAUUAAUUCACAUGCUAAGCUACUCUAAAGUAACUUCAAAACAUUUGACAGUUGGUUAUAACAGCUUUGCAUUUUCUAAAUUCAUUUCAUUGGAGUUACCCACAUAUAUUUUAACUGUACAAAAUGUAAUCAUCAGUUCUUUCUUGUGCAAAGCUUGGAUUACAAGUCCAGAGUUGAAGUGUAAUACGAGCCAAGUGGCAUAAUUUAUAUUCUCAUGGAUUACCUUCAGAAUUGUCCCAAGGCAUGUUUAGUUUCAAUCUGUUGUGUAGUGCAAUGUUGACUUGUAAAUAAAUAUUAAUUUUAAGGAUUUAAGUUACUGUAAAUAUACAUCAUAUUUCACAAUCUAUGCCAGUGUAUGUGAAAAGCAAAGGGACAUAUGUACCUUCAAAAUUGCUUUAUGAUUGUUUGGAUUACAAAUGAUUUGUUGAAGAAAUACCCAGUACUACAGUUUCUUGUCCAUAUUACAUUACCCUUGCUUAUCGUAAAAUUGGCCCAGGUUAGAUUGAGCUCACAUAAUAAUUGACAAACUGUUUCAAGAUGUAAAUUUGUCUACUAAAUAUAUAAUGAAGAAAACAA